GCUGACAGUGGUGUACGAGAAUCGGUUCUGCAUUCCGUUCGAAAAUUCUGCACACCUGAAUUGAUACCGUUCUGGACCUGUUUCAAUGAAACUUUGCAGGCAAUGUCACGUGGAGAAGACUGGUCUGGGAGGUCCUGCUGCAAAUUGGCUAGGGCACCAUUAUGUCGUCAUGCUUGCAGUACUGGUUCUUCAGACGAUGACUUAAAAACAUCAUGUAGGCGGAGUGACGAACAAACGCUUUUCGACUGUGUCGAACGCCAGGCGCUGGGAGAUGAAUGUUGCGGUAGUGCCAGGACACCAGAUUGUCACGAAGCUUGUCGCGCAUUAUUUCGUGGUCGAGCGACUCCUAGUCGCGCUGCACGCGCUCGCGUUGCUUCCGCCUGUGCCGAGAACAGUCAGCGGGUGCAGGCAUGCGCACGGAACCAGACCAAACUUACCCCGCCUGGUGAUCUACUUAAAUAUUUACCAUGCUGUGUAAAGUCUGACUUACAAGAAUGUCGAGACUCUUGUAGGCGCGCUUUACGUAAUGCCGGCUCACAACAAGAAGCGAUUGACGAUAUAAUUGAAGGCAAAUGUGGACCACCUUUACCUCAGCACCCUAUGUGGCAAUGUUUCUUAACUUUUGACCGAGAUCACAAGCACUCGCAAAGGCCCAAUGUAGUUGCGGAACGAGCAGGCGUGUUGGAUUCGGCAAAGUUGCAUUGCUGUCAACUUGCCCAUUCGCCGCGAUGUCGUCGACUUUGUAUUCAAACAUUUGGGGACGAUUGGUCACGUAGCUGGGAGCAAUUUGACGAUGGAUGUCUGGCUCAAACCUCUGAAGACGCAAUGAGGCGAUGCGUUGAUGAAGUGGAAGAGCCAUGUGAAUUAGGAUGCGAUGGCCUAUCGUUUUGUAGCAACUUCAAUAACAGACCAAUAGAUUUAUUUCGAUCUUGCAAUCAGGAAGCUGAUGAAGCUGCUAGACAUGAUAUCGCUUUAUGGAACGAACAGGGUUUUCUUGCUCUUCCCGGCGUUACGUUACCUUUGAAAAAUAUGUCAACUUGUUUGCCUGAUGCCUGGCAAGCGGUAGCCUGUGCUCUGCAGCUUAAGCCUUGUUCUCGAAGCAGCCAUGUGGACAGAAUUUGUCGAGAGGAUUGUCUUGAUCUACUUACGCGCUGUACGGACUGGGCUCGAGCACCUCCUGGUCUUACGGCUGCUGGUUUAUGCAAUACUUUAUCACCAGAUGAACCAAAAGCAUCAUGUGUGGCACUGCGGCCUUACUUGGAGCCAAAUAUCAUAACCAGUAGUUCGCCUAGUAGUGAUUUGCGGGAGCUUGUUACAUCUCCUUGUCGAGGAUCACCGUGCGGCUCUUCGCGCGUUUGUUCGGUCAGCCGCUGCCCAGGCGCGCAGUGCAGCGCACGCCGCUGUUUACCCGGUUGCCCAUUAGGCGAGGCGUCUCACUAUGCAGUGCCCGAGGGCACACUCGUACGGGUACCAAUGGACGGCGUGCAUGGUCAGCAGAAGGGUUGUCUUAAAAUAUGCAGAUGUGGAAAUGCUGGUGUACUAACUGAUUGCCAGCCACUUCCAUGCGUGGCGCUGGAUUCCUGCUCUUUGGCUGGACGUAGAAUCGAGCAUGGUUCGUCAUUUUAUGUAGAAUGCAAUUUAUGUUCAUGUUACGCUGGUGAAAUUGUGUGUGGAAAGCGUAAAUGCGCUCGUAGAGUUGAUGGGAUUGUUACAAGUUCUUCUCAGAAUUUCGGCACUGUAGCUGCUACAUUACCAUGUGAUUGUCCACCGCACUACGUCCCGGUCUGUGGAGCAGAUGGAAAUACUUACGCGAAUCCAUGUUUGGCAAAAUGUGCAGGAAUUGGGGACGGAGAUGUGGAAUUUGGUCCAUGUGGCUCAAGAGAUGCUUGCGCUGAUCAUCAAUGCCGUAGCAAUCAAGUUUGCUUGCCAAGACGCACUGUCUGUUUAUCCGCUUUACACAGACCUUGUUUACAAUAUGAAUGCGUAAACAAAACUAACUCCUGCGGCUCGAGUUUGUCGGAACCAGUGUGCGAUACUGCAGGACGGGAGCAUUCAUCGGUCUGCGGGCUGUUGGCUAGUGGUUCGCGUCUUGCAUACUGGGGUCCCUGUCUCACCGGAUGCUCUUCCCACAGCGGACCAGUUUGCGGGUUUAAUGGUGUAACUUACCGCAGUGAAUGUGCUGCCCACGCAGAUUAUUCUUCUGUGGAUUAUAAUGGUCCUUGCUUAGCAGUUGGUUUGAUAGGAGAUUCUAUUAAUUCUGCACAAUGCGGACUUCAUGUUGUUUGUAAAUCAUUAGAGCAAGCUGAUUGUGAAGGAUAUAUUCCGCCUGGAGCUUGUUGUCCAAUUUGCGCUGGUGCUGUUCGCAUUUUAUACUCUAGAAAACAAAUUGACCGCGCUCUCUACGCGCUCAGAGGUCCUGCACAAUCUCAUUUAACGUUGUAUGCGCUGCUUAAAGCUUUGGAGAGACAAAUCCAGGUCGCGCAGUGUUCGUUACGCGGCUAUUUAUCGCCAGAGUCGGAUUUAUUUGUAACUGUACAGACAAACGUGGCGAAUCCGUCGCGUCUUCAGCUGGAUGCCUGUGCCCGCGAAGCUGACAAACUUGCCGCCCUGGUGCGAACUCGAAGCCCGCGCAUCGCCAGCGAAUUGACGCUGAGCGCCUUGACGGCUGCUCGUGAAGUACACCGCGACAUGAGCGCUGGUUCAAGCACCUUCUACUAUUCAGACAUUACGAUAUUUUGCAGUACACCUGUACAAGAAAUGGCCGGACAUGGCAUGAAGGUUGCGCACAUCCUUGGUUUUUGGUACCUUUUAUCUAUGACAUUUGUCUAUAGGUGGAAUGAUUUUAUGGCUGUGAUAUUAGAUUGA